AUGGUUGUUGACGGAAGUUUCCUUAAAGCAGCAUAUAAGGGUGCCAUCUUGACUGCUUGCACACAGGAUGGAGCUGAUGAGUUGACUUUGAUAAAGGGUACUUUUGGAGUUAGGGAAGGGAUGUGUAUAGUUUCAGAUAGAAAUGAAAGCAUCUUCAAUGCCACAAAAGUUGUGUACCCAGAAGUACCACAUUGUAUUUGCAUGUUUCACUUAUGGCAGAAUGUAAAGCGCACAUUCAAGAAACAUCACAAACAAUUGAAGGAUAUCUUCUUUGCUUUGGCUAGAGCUUACACGAUAGAGAAGUUUGAGUACCAUAUGACAGAGAUGUGCAAAAUUGAUCCGAGGGUGCAGCCUUACUUGUUCGAAGUUGGCUACGAAAGGUGGUCUAGGGCAUAUUCCAAAGUGAAAAGGUCAAUGGUAAUGACUUCUAAUAUUGCAAAGUCAAUUAAUGCAGCUAACAAGGAUGCUAGAGAGUUACCAGUAAUGCGAUUGCUGGAGUACAUGACAAAUUUGCUACAACAGUGGAACAACAAAAACAGAAAAAGUGCAAUGGAGACAUUUACAGAGCUUGGUGAAAAGUAUGACAAACUCCUUCGAGAAAAUCUGAUUGCAUCGGAGCAAAUAACGGUGAGCCCUGCUACGGAGCAGUUAUAUACUGUGUUUGAAGGGGUAAAGCGAAACAUAGUGUGCCUUGAAGAGGGAACAUGCAGUUGCAAAAAAUUUCAAAUGGAUGAACUUCCAUGUCCGCAUGCUUGGGCGGUUUUGAAGAACCAGCAGCUGAAACCUAGACAAUAUUGCUCUUUUUACUACAAGAAGGAUAAACUCCUUAGAACUUAUGAAUUUCCAGUGAAUCUGAUGCUAGAUGAGAGUUUAUGGGUAAUCCCAAUAGAGGUGAAGGAAGAUGUGGUCCUACCACCUAAAGGGAGAAGGAAAGCAGGAAGACCAAGAAAGGAAAGACUCAGACCUGCUUCAGAAAAAGAGUUUAAGAGGGCGUUUUCAUGUUCUGUGUGUGGACAAGGUGGUCACAAUAAAAAAACAUGUAGAAAUCGACCAAAAUAA